AUGACGAACAAAGAUGAACAAGUGGAACUAGCGAAAUUAGCCCAACACGCCGACCGAUAUGCUGAUAUGGUGGCUGCCAUGAAAAGAGUCGCUGAAUCCAAUAGUGAAUUGACGAUAGAAGAAUGUAAUUUGCUCUCGGCUGCCUACAAGAAUGUGAUCAGUGCUCAUAGAUUAUCUUGGCGAUCUAUGUCAAUUAUUGAACAGAAAGCCGAAGGCAAGCAACAAAUGGCCAAGGAAUAUCGCGAAAAGAUUGAAAGUGAAUUGAAAGAUAUUUGUUACGAGCUUUUAACCUUGCUUGAUAAAUAUCUUAUUCCAAAACCGACAACAGUCGAAUCGAAGAUACUCUGUUUGAAGAUGAAGGGUGACUAUUAUCGAUAUUUGGCUGAAGUAGCCAUCGGAGACGAACGACAAAAAAUGGCUGAAGAAUCGCAACGUGCCUACAAGGAUGGAUUCGAUGUGGCCAAGAAUCAAAUGCCAGUAACACAUCCGAUUCGACUUGGUCUUGUUCUAAAUUUCGCCGUCUUUCAUUACGAGAUUCUCAAUGAACCGAAUGUAGCUUGUCGCUUGGCCAAACAGGCCUUUGACGAUGCUUUGGCCGAGCUAGAUUCUAUCGAUGAACAUUCCUACAGUGACAGUACUCUUAUCAUGCAGCUGCUCCGAGACAAUCUCAUUCUGUGGACUAGUGAUGAAUCUUAUAUCGACAAUGUCAAUCAACUUGAAGAACAGUAG